AUGAGUGGCUUGAGUUUCAGGGGCUUCGCAUACAUGUUUAUCAUUGCAUUUCUCAUUUGGUCUUCUAAUUUUGAAUCCUGCAUUGCAAGAAGAGGAAAGCACUGGAGGCAAAGCAGCAGGGAUGUCUCAGCUGCUGUGUAUAAGAAAAAAGGAAAAAACUAUGGAAAUGGUCACAACAGCAAAAACUAUGGUGGAGGAUCAAAACCAAAGCCUCCAUUACAUAAAGGCACUCCAACAUUACCAAAGCCUCCACCUCAUAAAAACACUCCCUCACCUCCAUAUCCCCCACCAUCAAAUGAAGAUACCCCCUCAGCUCCACCACCAAAAGCUUACAAUGGUGGUCAUCCUUCCACCACCACCUUAAAUGUGCUAAAUUUUGGAGCUAAGGGAGAUGGAAAAACUGAUGACACAAAGGCUUUUCAAGCAGCUUGGGCUGAAGCUUGUAAAGUAGAGGCAUCAACCAUGCUCGUUCCAUCAGACUACAACUUCUUUGUGGGGCCCAUUUCAUUCUCCGGCCCAUACUGUAAACCCAACAUCGUUUUCCAGCUUGAUGGCACCAUUGUUGCACCAACAAACCCCAAUGCUUGGGGCAGAGGACUUCUACAGUGGUUGGAAUUUACUAAGUUGGUGGGAAUUACCAUUCAAGGAAAUGGUAUCAUUGAUGGAAGAGGCUCAGUGUGGUGGCAAGAUAGUCAAUAUGAUGAUCCUAUAGAUAAUGAAGAAAAACUCAUAGUCCCUUUAAACCAGACAGUACCAAGUCCCCCAGUGCCGAUUCAAACUGAGCUGGGAGGAAAAAUGCCAUCCGUCAAGCCAACUGCACUACGGUUCUAUGGGAGUUUUAAUCCAACAGUUACAGGCAUAACAAUUCAAAAUAGUCCACAAUGUCACCUCAAGUUUGACAACUGCAAUGGGGUCUUGGUCCAUGAUGUGAGCAUAUCAUCUCCUGGGAACAGUCCUAACACUGAUGGAAUUCACCUCCAGAACUCCAAAGAUGUGUUGAUAUAUGGCAGCAGUAUGGCCUGCGGAGAUGACUGUAUUUCGAUACAAACUGGAUGCUCAAACAUAUAUGUACACAAUGUCAACUGUGGACCAGGGCACGGAAUCAGCAUUGGAAGUCUAGGAAAGGAUAACACCAGAGCCUGUGUUUCGAACAUUACUGUCAGGGACGUCAACAUACACAACACAAUGACUGGUGUUAGAAUCAAAACAUGGCAGGGUGGAUCAGGCUCUGUACAAGGAAUACUAUUCUCAAAUAUACAAGUUUCUGAAGUUCAAUUCCCAAUUGUGAUUGACCAAUUCUACUGCGAUAAAAGAAACUGCAAAAACCAAACAUCAGCUGUGUCUCUGGCUGGAAUUAACUAUGAAAGGAUAAGGGGGACAUACACAGUUAUGCCAGUCACCUUUGCCUGCAGUGAUAGCCUACCUUGUGUAGAUGUUUCUUUAACCUCUGUUGAGUUGAAACCAAUUCAAGAGCAAAACCAUCUAUAUGAUCCUUUCUGCUGGCAGACUUAUGGUGAAUUGAAAACUCCAACAGUCCCACCAAUUGGUUGUCUACAGAUUGGGAAGCCAACAAACAAUCGGAUUCAGACAGAUCAUGAUUUAUGUUGA